AUGGCAUCCACUUCCGAAAUUGGACGGAUGAGCACCGAUCAAAAACAAAUGAAUAUAAAAGGAGAAAAAUUCAACGCUCUUGUUGCGGAUAAUGAUAUUGAAAAGAAACGUCAGAUGGUGUGCCAGUCGCAACGAUUAAAUCUCGCCACACAAGAGAAUUCCAAGACGCCAUCGGAUCUGAUUCGACGCACAGAACGUGUGCUGACGUCGGGCGAGGAACGAAAGCUUAUGAAGGAUGUUCUGAAGGAUUUGAAGGUGCAGCUGAGUGUCCAGAAAGUGGAUUGGAUAAAAGAGUUCAUCAGUCAAGGCGGGCUUCAGCUGCUCUAUCACAUCAUGAAUAAUCUUAUUGAAGCAAUACGUCUGCCGGAGAACCGUGAUCGCGAGGAGGAAUUCGUUUUGCAGCUCUACGAUAGCGUUAAAUGCUUGAAAUCUGUCGUCAACACUUGGCCCGGCAUGGAAAUGUGCUUCAAACGGGACUCAAAGAUGUUCUCGUGCUUGGUUGGCGCGCUGUCGAUAUGUUCCGGGAAGCCACCGAGCGAUCACUGGGACGCACUAAAAUUUGUUACAUUGAGCCUUCUCAGUGUGGUGGCAUUCGUGAACGACGACAAAUACGAACUUAAAGGGCGUGAAACUUUACUGCAAGAGUUGACAAAGGAAGGCGAAAAGCGGAAAUGCACCCGAUUUCGAUGCAUCGUCAAUUGCCUUGAUAAAUCCAAUAGGCUGGAUGUUGUGAAGAAAGCGAUGACUUUGAUCAACGUGAUGUUGGAUGUACCGGAGCCAGAAGAUGCAACAACAGAGGAGGGACGGGCAUCCGCCGAAGGGGCUUGGCAGAUUCUUUUUUUUCAAAAUGAAUAUAUUGUUGCCGAAUUCUUGGAAAGCUGUACACUGGAAGCAGUCAAAAAGCAGUAUGAUAAUUUCUGCCGUGUAAAAGCAGCCGAUUUUGACGAAUUGGUGAACCGCUUUGAACAGAUAAAAGGCGAAUAUGAAGAGCCAGAUGGCUGUUACAAUAUUUUAAUGGCUGGUGUAAAGAAAACCCGAGCCGAAGCACCGUUCCUGAGCAUCCUACAGCAUCUUCUGCUAGUAACCGAUGAUGCCGAAGUGAAGGCAAAUUAUUUUCGUUUAAUUGAGAAUUGCAUUUCGGAAAUUGUCCUACCAAAAACUUGCGUGGAUCCUGAUUUUCGAGGAAAAUUCGAAUUCACCCAAGACAUCACACAUUUUCUUGAAACAGCGGAGGGUGCUGAUGAUGGAAGGCAAGCAAAUAAACGUGUUGAAACAGCAACUCAAGCAAAAAAUGAAGCGCUGGCGAAGUUGAGUCAGUAUUACAAAAGAAUGGAAGAGUUUGCCGAUGAGGCAGAACAACUGCGAAAACAUGUAGCUCCUCCUCCGCCACCACCACCACCGCCACCUCCUCCUCUUCCUGGAGCCAAAACAGCUGGCCCUCCGCCUCCUCCGCCUCCACCUCCGCCGCCACCGCCACCACCGUUUGGAAAAGUUGGUGGCCCACCACCUCCGCCACCGCUGCCAGGCACCAAAGGUCCACCUGGUGCUCCGCCACCGCCUCCUGGAUUUCUGAGUAAACCAAUGAGCCCGGAACUGCCGGAGUAUUUGAAAAAGAAGCCAAAACGUGAGAUAAAGCCGAAAGAAAUCACCAAGGAAUCAUUCUGGGCGCAAACAUCAGAAGAAAAAUUUGCCAAUGAUCGACUAUUCGAAACACUGCGGCAGAAAUUCGCCGCAAAUCGCCAAGCUGGACCGGAAUCCGAUACCACUAGUGCAAAGAGCCUACCGACGAAGAAGAUCCGAAAGCCUAUCGUCAUUCAGGACGAAAAGAUACUACAGGCGCUUGAAAUUGAUGAUCGGGUGAUUUCGUCCGGAACUAUGCAACAACUGAGGAAUGCGUUACCGCCACAUGAAACUUUAGAAAAGCUUCAGCAGGCCGCUAAAACUCAUUUCAACGAAAUGCCAGAAGGGGAGCAGUUUGCUGCGACGCUCGCAUCGAUAAAGGGCUUACCAGCACGGCUUGAUUCGAUGAUCUUCAUGCUUGAAUUUGACAGAACUAUCAGCGAUCUCAAGCCGAAUAUAUCCGCAGUCAUCGAAGCAUGUGAUGAAAUUCGGACGUCAGCUGGUUUCAGGAUGUUUUUGGAGAUGGUGUUGCUGGUUGGAAACUACAUGGGACAUUCAUCGAAAACUUACAAGGAUACAUUUGGUUUUGAAAUGAGCGUUUUGACAAAGGUAUGA